AGCAGUACUACAUGUACCGAGGGCUGUUUGUGAAUGUACAUAGAUCACCUUUAUUUUAUUACUCUGUUCUAAUACCUAUGAUGUAAAAUAGCAGUGGAGAACCUCUGUUCCGUGACAUAAUUUGGCCCACGAGAGUCCCAGUUUGGCCUGCGAGGCCCUUCCCCACAAACAAUGUCAUAUGUGAUGUCAGUGCAGGACAGAUACAGCUGCAGCUACAAAGGCACAAUUGAGAACUUGAAGGGAUAGAUGCUGACAGGGAGCCCCGCUGGGAUCAGAUCCAGCAGCAGGCAAUUCCUCAAUGGGAAUUCCAAUGGGGUUCGUCUUCCAGUUUGCAGGAAGCAAUUUGGAUUCAAAUCCAUAUCCCCCCCUUUAAAUUGAGGUGGUAGUGGGUACAGCUGCCUCACUCAUUGCUUCCCUUCUGAGAGCUGGCUGUGCACUGUUGCCCAUUCCCUCUGCUCCCUCCACAGUGUUGGUACCCAUUUCACUACAUGGUGGUAAACAUAUGUUUUGUAGGCCCAGAGCCUACAGGGACAUUAGGAACAUUAGGAAGAACUUCCUGACAGUAAGAGCUGUUCGGCAGUGGAAUUUGCUACCAAGGAGUGUGGUGGAGUCUCCUUCUUUGGAGGUCUUUAAGCAGAGGCUUGACAGGCAUAUGUCAAGAAUGCUUUGAUGGUGUUUCCUGCUUGGCAGGGGGUUGGACUGGAUGGCCCUUGUGGUCUCUUCCAACUCUAUGAUUCUAUGAUUCUAUGACUGCACUGUAGCUGAAGGUCAAGAAUCGAAAAUGCCUGCCUCCUUCAGUUGGCUCUUAUAUGAUAUGCGUUGUUGAUAUUGUUGCACACCACCCCAAUCUCUGAGUGGGGCGAGAUUCCAGGGAUUCUAGGUGCUUACCCUGGGGUUAUGUUUCCUUUUGGGAAUGAGGCAUAGCGGAGACUGUGGUGCCUUUAUGAUAUAUGGUUUAUUUGCACAUAUAUACAACCUGAGCCUAUCACAGUAUCAACACCCCAAAGGGUCUUGUUUCUCUCAUAUCCACAGCCUUGGAUUCAAACAGACAUCAAACAUUGCUGUCUCUCUCUUCUCCCAGCUUGCUGCUUUAAAUCUGGCCCAUGUCACUGCAACUCAAUUCUAAACUCAGCUUCAUCCUUCUAAGUAACAACGAGCUGGGUGAGGAGCCCCAACCCAUUGCCCCUUUCCAUUGUUUUUCCCUUAAUGGCCCAUCACCCAGGCUAUCACCUCAUCUAGCUGGCCUGGCUUAUAUUUUAAUACUUGCUUGAUCAAGGGGUUACAAGGAUCUCACCUACAGCCUAUUUCCUCUCCCUCCAACUCAUAACAAUAUCAAGUAUUGGGCACACCCUGCUUUCAUUUCCUUAAGAAUAAGCGGCAAUGCAGCAAGAAAACAUUUUACUGCUGUGUCCUAUGUUCAUAAUCGCUAUCAGUGAACUGUGGCUUCAGGUUGUGAGUUAAUAUUUAAUAUCUCAGAUUUUAGAUACACCUUUGUUAGCUUCUAAAGCCUUUUGAAUAUCUAGGCUCUGGAUUACUCAAAUGUCCUUCCAGGUUCAGCUGCUUAAAUGUGAUGCUAGUAGUAAUGUACAGUCUUGGGCAAGUUAGGUUGUAAUUUUCUUAGGCUGCUUAUUCAGUGCACCAAACCCUUUUAUAUCAUCUUCGACACAUGUUUGUUCCUCUUAGUAACAGAAGUCAGAAGACUGCUUUUUACACAUCUUUUUUGGUGAUCAUUGUUGAUCCAAUGUGAUGAGAGUCUGUCUUUCCCCCCUAUAUUUUCUUACUCUGAGGCAUCCUCCUAAUGAAAUAACUCUGCAGGACCGGCCCACCCAUGAGGCAAGGUGAGGCAAUUGUCUUAGGUGACAGGAUCCACAGAGGCGGCAGAUCCAGGUGUAGAUGUUUAUUUCCCCCCUUGUUCCUGACGUAGACCUUCACUCACCCAUUCUUCCCUGGGGGAAGGGGUGGUGGUGCCAUUUUGUAGUUUGCCUCAGGUGCAAAAAGGUAUUGGGCCAGCACCGUAACUCUGUAUAUUGCUCUUGUCAUGGUUGCCUCCUUAUAGACUUGAAAGUAAAUGGUAUAAUUGAUGGCUAAGAAAAACUGUUUCCCAGUAACAACAGUGUUCAUCCUGUUAAAGCAAAGGUAAGAUGUAUGUAUAGCAUCAGUAAAAAAAAGUCUAAUAAAGUACUGAAAACAGUAAAUUUAGUCCAGAUGCUACAAAGAGCUAUUCGAUUAUUUUGGCACAUCAAACAAAUGUUGAUUUUUAAAAUAGUCAAGGGUCUACUGAUAUUUGUUGCUUUGUAAUGAACAUUAGGAAAAUAAUAUACACAUUCCCAACCAGUACUCCACAGGUGAAGUGAGUAUGUGGAGUAAUUUAUAUGAGAGUUAUCAGUGUGGUUUGCAUGUCACACUAAUCUAAACCUUGGCUUAGCACGAAUGUGUGGGCUUCUGGAGAGAAGUUCAAUUUUUGUUAAGCCAAAGUUUGGCUUAUUGUGUCACCUGGGCUUGUGGUUAACCAGAGUUGGGAUUCUGCUAGAUUGGUAAAGAAAAAGUGAUUUAUAUGCGUUGUAUAUGUGAUAUAACACUGUGCCACCUGGUUUUCCCUACCAGAUUUUUCUGUUUAAAUUUACAACACGUUUAACUGAAAUGCUUCUUUGAUGUGUCUGACUCUAGAUCCUGCGUUGGCUACAACUCAUGGUUAGUCUGGAGAGGUCUUGGUUUAACUCGUUCGGCUCUAUUGCUGUGAUAUCAAGGUCACCCCAUGCCGAAGCUUACUUCUCAGUCUCCCAUGCAGUUAACUCCAGCAAUGUGGCCACUUUGUGUGUGGCUCUGAAACUGUAACAUCUGUGCCUGAGAAACUUUCCUUUUGUCCACACUGAACAUUCUACACUGAUGGUGGUGGCGUUGCUAAAUACCUGUUAGUCACUCUCUUAUCCAACUUCGUCAUAAAUAUUGCGUGUUGGAACACAAGCAGAGUACCGUAUUUUUCCGUCUAUAAGAUGCCCCCUUGUAUAAGACACCCCUAAUUUUGGGGGACUCAGAUUUAAGAAAAUAGGGGGGGAGAAGUAUCCGUGUAUAAGGCGCCCCCUAAUUUUUGACAUUAUUUUUAAAGAAAAAAAUCUAGUCUUAUACAUGGAAAAAUAUGGUAACUUGAGUGGAGAGAUUGCUGUAUUUGGUAGGAGGCCGUGGGAUUUUGUCUUGAUGUAAUCUCUGUGUACAGUGCCGUGAUGUGAAUGAACCCUGUUGCUGGAUUUUGUACAACACAAGAUAGCUUAUUUCCCCCAAGCAGAAUUCAUAAAGGUCCUUCCUAACCUAAGGAAGAUGAGAUGGGAAGUGAGGCAGGGACUGCCUUCUUUCUAGAUCGUUGCUUAUGUAUGUGGCAUCAAGGGCAUGGCCAAGGCAGAGGAAUAAUGGAAGGCAUUCAGUAUCCCAUGUGAAAACUGUAAAUAUUAUGAUUGGCACACGUGCACCGCAAUCUUUGAGAGUUUCCUUUUUAUUAUAUAAGAUGAUUUGCUGACGUGAUAGCACCCUUGAUCACGCUGCUUUUUGCAAUUUGAAUGAACACACCCUGUGAUUCUCUAGCACUUUCUUACGAAUGGAACUGACAUGCCUUCACUUUGAAAAGAAGCUUUUCAGUGCUGCUGAGCUUUAAAUACUAGUUAUCCUUGUUAUGAGGGAGUAGUCUUCCCAUCUCUUGCUGGAUGAUUUUACAGAAUGUGACAGGCAGAGGGGUGGAGCCGGAAACGUGUAUUUCUGGUUAGAAAGCUUGUGACCACAUCCUCACAAGGCAGAAUGUACUGAAUGAAGCAUGGGGAGGGAGUGGUGGGAAAAGAUGGUUGACACUCUUGGCUUCUGCCACUGAUUUUGUUGCAUGGUCUUAGGCAAGUCCAGUAGCUGCUUCAACAGAAGCUGUAGGGUGCCUCUCACAUAGCUUGGCUCUUGGAUCAUGGCUUGUAUCUGUAGCUUGAAGAUUCAAAUCUGACCUUGUGGAUCAGCCUGGAGGUUCACACACAAAGAGACUUAGUGUCUAUGGACUAGGGCUUAUGUCUAUUUAUUUUGGAAGGACAGAAGGCAGAGGAGGGGAUUGGGUGCGAGUCAAGCAUCAGGGAGAAACAAGAAUGCCUUCAGUGAGUAGAGUUGCCUGAGUUUGUAACUCUAAACUUUUUGAUGGGGAAGCUGGGGGACAUGAGGGCUGUGACCAGGGCUGUUUGACAGAAAACAAUAUGGGGCAGAGGGGUUCAAGGUUAACCAGAGGUGUGCUUCUCCCCUUCUGUAGUAUUUGCAUUAGGACCAAACUAGGAUUAAAAGGCUUUAAAUGUGUUUGGUGAAGGUUUGUAAAUCAUGUUGUUGUUGUUUAGUCGUUUAGUCAUGUCCGACUCUUCGUGACCCCAUGGACCAUAGCACGGCAGGCACUCCUGUCUUCCACUGCCUCCCGCAGUUUGGUCAAACUUAUGUUCGUAGCUUUGAGAACACUGUCCAGCCAUCUCGUCCUCUGUCGUCUCCUUCUCCUUGUGUCCUCAACCUUUCCCAACAUCAGGGUCUUUUCCAGGGAGUCCUCUCUUCUCAUGAGGCGGCCAAAGUAUCGGAGCCUCAGCUUCAGGAUCUGUCCUUCCAAUGAGCACUCAGGGCUGAUUUCCUUCAGAAUGGAUAGGUUUGAUCUUCUUGCAGUCCAUGGGACUCUCAAGAGUCUCCCCCAGCACCAUAAUUCAAAAGCAUCAAUUCUUCAGUGAAAAAUCAUAGCUUUGAAGCAAUUCUGAUUAGGUAUAACCACAGUUGGCUCUGUCGCAGCAAACUGUGAAGGAGGAGACAAUAUAUGAGAGGAGGCAGCAAACCAGCAUGUGGUGUAUUCGAGUCUCAAGACUGGAAAAAUAAGACAGUAUGUGACAUAGAGGAUGAUAACAUGAGGCUGUAUUGAGGUUGAUGUGAAUAUAGCCACUGAAUUUCUAUGGUUGUAUUGUUUCCUGUCCAAUCAGCUCUCUUUUUAGUAUAAGUUAAGCUAAAUGACUAGGCAUUCACUUAGCUAUGAAGCACACUAGGUGGGUGACCUUAUCACAGACUAACCUCACAGGGUUGUUGUGAGGAUGAAGUAUAGGCAAACCACAUACUCAAGCUCCCUGGAGGAAAAGCAGUAUAUAAGGAAGUGUUUAUACACACUGUAAAAGAAAAAGUCUAUUAAAAAAAUGAGGACGUGCACUCGGAAGUGUGGGAUAACAAUAACUCAAAGUGAAGAUUUAUAAACUAUGCAAACAAAUUGGAAUGAAUGCUCAAUAAACAGCAGAUGUAUCACCUUGAGGCAAACUUUGCACAAAUUUCACAUGAACCAAUGAAUGUUACGAUUUGUAAAUGCCACCUGUCCAUCAUACUCUUACCCCCUCAGUUGCCCUUUAAUAUGAUUUUGAAGCUUAGUUGGGGUGUAGUCAAUAUUGUCUUUUGUAAGAGGUGUAGAAUUUCUGGACAUGCCCUAAAUUCCGGACUCUGCAAGUUGCAAAACACACUACAGUCGGCUUAAUCCCCCACUAGUGCCCUAUGUAUCAACCUCUGUUUUCAAACAGCUGCAGUUUUCAUCUGGGCCUCAAAUUUCUGAAAGACCACUUUCUUCCAUACAGACCCUUUGGAGUAUUACGAUCAGCAGAGGAAGCUCACUUGGUAGUUCCACCACUCUCAGAAAUUGUGCGUGGCGGCCUGGGAGAGGGCCUUUUUGGUGGCCAGCACGAAGUUUUGGAAUUCCCUCCCUACAGAGGUGUAUCUGACACAUUCUUUGUGUAGUUUCCAUUGUAUGCUGAAGAUGCACCUCUUUACCUUGGCCUCUGAAUUCUUCGGUCAUACUUACUGCUCUCUUGCCUGACUAGUGAUAUGCCUAAAAAGGAUUUGUGGUUAGGGACAGCUGACCCAGAACCCAGAGCAAUUGUUCACAGCGCAGGCAGUUGUGACAGUAUGAUCAGUAAUGACUCCAGCUUGUCCGAAAAGAGUGACAGUGGCUAUGACUAUCUAUCAGUGGCGGAGAAAGAAUGUCUUAUGUUCCUUGAAGAAACACUAGAUUCUCUGGAUACUGAAGGAGACAGCGGAGUUUCUACUGAUGAGGCAGAGACAGCUGAGUCUUCUAAGCAUCCACGGACGUGGCCUAUGAGAGAUGUUCCUAAAGAGCUGGAUCAUGAAAAUCUAGGAAAGCGCAACAAAAUUGAACCAAAGAGCAAAAAAUGUCUUUCUGGCUCUGUACCUGUUGUCACCCCAAAUCCAGGGCAUCAUGUCUUUCCAAGGAACAUCAGUGUAAAAAGUGCCCCCAAGGUUUCCCUUGCUGAAGCAACAGGGCCUAAUGUUGCUGAUUCUCUGAAAUGCCAGACUUCAUGGGGGUCUCUUAAGCACGAGCCAGCGGACAUAUCAAAUGACAAGCCUAAAAUGAGCACCCAGUUAAGGCCAUCUAACUUGGAAUCUAUAGUCAUCCCACCCCCUGAACCUUUCCAGGACCAGCGGAGGAGUCAUCCUAGAAUGGGGCAAGAGCUAAGUGGGACAUCUCACUAUGAAAGUAGGAGGAAUGUUGAUGUAGUGGAGGGAUAUGAAGCUGCAGCUACCCAAGCAGAACUUUCACUAGAUAAGAUGGGGGUAGCAAUUGGGAAAGAAGCCAUUCUGAAACCUCUCUCACCUAAAAGUAGCAAGAAAAUUUCUGAACAAAUUACUGUUGCUCCAGAAAAUUAUCAAAAACCUACACUGGAAGAACCUGCCCUAGAUCCCAACUUCAAGCAAGGUCCUCCCACUGCCCCCAAACCCAGGAAACUGCCACCCAAUAUUAUCCUUAAAACCAGCAAAGGUAAUGCUGUGUCACUCAAUGUGGAUCCCAGUCACAAGAUAAAGGUUCUGGCUCCAUCAAACGGCAGGCCCAGAGCUGCAACUGGUGAUUUUUCCAUGGAAAAAGUUCAUUCAAUCCAAAAUGAACAGGGGAGAGCCAGGAGGGAAGCUCUUAAGAAACUGGGUCUCCCUCUAGACCAAGAAAAAGAUCCUGAUGAUCAUGUGAUCAAAACCACAUCUUACUCAAUUCCAAGAGAAACUCCCAGGACAAGCAGCAGGGAGAAUGUAAAUAUGGAUAAUGUCACCUCUGAUAACAAAUCUGAUGAACAGCAUAACCAGGUUGGUGGGAAAGAAAUCUACCCAGUGGAUAUCAACCUUGCAGCUGUCAAACAGAUCAAUGUCAAAUCCAAAACCCUGGAGCGUUCAGGUGUCGGUUUGAGCAGUUGCAUCUCUUCUGGGAGCGAGGACCAGAAUAUUAAGAACAGUGGUUCACUUGGCAAAAUGUCGUUUUUUGACAAGAUCACUCCAAACUUUCUUCGGAGUAGCCGGCCACGCCCAGCUUCCCUUGGCAUGGGGAAAGACUUUGUUGAUCUGAAGGAAAACAAAAUGCAUAAUGCUGAGUUGGAGAAAAGUGACAAACGAAGAUCUUAUCCACUUCAGCCCUCCUCUAAGCUGCCCAGGCCACCGUGUGUCAGUGUAAAGAUCACCCCUAAGGGGGCCACAGAGGAGCAUAGAAAGGAGGCUUUGAAAAAACUUGGUCUAUUGAAGGAGUAAGCCAAAUCAUUUGAUCAGUAGGAAAACUGUGUGUUCAGUUGUGGAUAAUGAAUAUACUUGCUUGCUGCCUCCGCUUCUUCAGCUAAAAUGGGAGGAAUUGCAGCAUAGGAUGAAGGUCUUGUCUAGUAUGUAGACAUUCUGGAUGGAUUAACCAGCACAGGCUUCAGCUGUCUGCAUGAGAACUAGCACCUCUACUUAUGUAGAGGUGGAUUAAUUCUGCCAUUUAUAUCUGCCACCACCUUUAUAGGAUCUUAGGGUGUUGUAUAUAGUGUAUAAAAGUAUGAUUAUGUAUGUAUGUAUGACUAUGUAAUAAGUAUGUGGUUAACUGGGAGGGGUAACUCUCAAAGAUCUAAGUUGUAAUUACUAUGCCAAAAUGAACUCAGAGGUCUUGUAACAUGACAACAGCCAUACAGCUAAAAAUCUUUAGUUAAGAUUGAGUUGCAAUAAUGUUUUUUGGUUCCUUUUUAAAACUCUGGGCCUGAUAAUCUGCUGCACACGGUGUAGCUGGUGGAAUCAGGAGGCCUGUUUAUAUCCACUGAAAUGACGCAUGCGCUAGAUAUUUAAUAAACUGGCAAGAAUGCAUCGGAUAUGAAUCUUAAGUGUCAAGUUCAUGAAUGAUAAGAAGUACUUGCCAAUUCACCUCCAACAUGUCUUCAAAAUGGCUGGCUAGAAUUUGAUUAAAAGCAAAUGAAUACUAGAACUAGAAUUGAUCUGGUCGAUGGUAGUUUGUUGUACCUGCUUAUGUGAACAAAUUACUGUUGUAUGCUCAUUUAAAAUCAUGCAGUAUUCUAGUAUGAAAAUUGCAGUAAAAUUGAAAAAUAAACCAUUUGAUAUGGAGGGAACUUUGGAUUUUAUUUGGUUAUUAAAAACAUGUUAAAAUAGUAAAGUGGAGUAGGGAGAACUGGUCUGUGGGAAAGACAAAACCUUGAAAGUGUUCUAGAUGAAGUUGCAUGAAGAGAUUAACAGCAUACUUGUACUCUAAAAGUUAUUCUGUGGCUAACUGAUUUAAAGUCUGAUCUGUAACUUGGAUUUUACUGCUUGUUCUCUCCCUGCAACCUGCUACCACCUCUGCCUCAGGAUUUUGAACUGUAGAA